AUGACCGAAGACACCCUUGCAUUCAGCGAGGAGGAUCUUGAGACCUUGGCAGAGCCGCACAAUGACGUGCUGGUAAUUUCAUUUCUUUUAAGCAACAUUCGAAUUAAUCGUGUGCUCGUGGAUCCAGGCAGCUCGGCAAACGUAAUCAGGUCGAAGGUAGUAGAACAUCUUGGGUUGCUCGAUCAGAUCAUACCCGCCUCCCAGGUCCUCCACGUCUUCAACAUGGCCAGCAAAGUCAUGAAAGGAGAGAUCGCCCUCCCAGUUGACAUGUCCGGUACAAUUCAGAACACCAAGUUCCACGUCAUUAGCGGUGACAUGAGGUACAACGCAUUGCUUGGAUGGCUGUGGAUACACAGCAUGAGGGCAAUACCGUCAACUCUGCACCAGAUGAUAAAAUUUCCGACAAAGGAUGGCAUAACAACCAUAUAUGGAGAACAUCAUGCGGCAAAAGAAAUGUUCGCAGUUUACCAGGAGGCGCUGAAUCCCAUACACUCCACCUCGGAUGAGUCUGGGAGCGUACAGACUCCCGAGGAUGAAGAAUAUCGCUCCUCGAACUUUCGUUGCCCCCGAAGAGUUGGAUGCAAUGAAAUCGACAAUUGA